UUUACGCUCCAAUCCAGUCCAUCCGUAUCUACAACAUCUCUCCCGCCGAUUUAUUUGAAUAAACUAGGCAAAAAAACGUGCAUUCUUGAUACAUGACAUUGGGGUCAUCUGUAGCGUGAAACAAGUGUAAGUGAGGUGUUAUGUGCUACGGUGAGGUCGUAAAAGCGUGGAAAGCCUAACCAUCACAAUGACCAAUAGUAUGAAACAAACUGUUAUUAAAAAUCCGACAUGGUGGAAGCGUCGGUCAGCUUUGGAACGUGGACUAACGGUGAUAGCAGUUUCCGGAGUCCUCGUGUGUAUUGCCCUGGCAAUAAGUAUUGGCGUGGUAGUCACGAAUUCCAGGUCGUGCGAUACAGCAACAACCACUGGCACAGCUGACAUUAAAAAUGAAAUGCUACCGUCUACAGUGGAAGCCCUGAGUGGAAAUCCAUCAAUACGAGGGUCUCCAACUAUUAUUCAAGUUCCAGAGGAUGUUUGCGAAACGCCCGAAUGUAUUCAUGUUGCUUAUAGAGUCUUAAGCAACAUGGAUGAUACUGUUGAUCCUUGUGAUGAUUUUUACAAGUUUGCUUGUGGUGGAUUCAUCAAAUCUACCAAGAUUCCAGAUGAGAAAGUGAGCGUAAACACAUUCAGUGUUAUUAGUGAUGAGGUUUUAGAACAACUACGAACGAGUAUUGAAGAAAAAAUUGAUCCUAAUGAGCCUAGGCCAUUCAGACUUGCUAAAAGACUUUACAAAAUCUGUAUGAAUAAGACUGCCAUUGAAGAAGAAGGACUUAAUCCUGUUUUAAGGAUAUUGAAGAAACUUGGGGGCUGGCCAGUUCUUGAAGGAGAUUUAUGGAAUGAAAAUGACUUUCACUGGACACAAUCUGUCUAUAAGUUCCGAGAUUUAGGCUACUCCGUCGAUUACUUCAUCGACUUUAGCAUUAGUGUUGAUCUUAAAAACAGCACAAAAAGAGUUUUAGAUUUAGAUCAAACAUCCCUUGGAUUAUCACGUGAAUAUCUGACGAAAGGAUUAGACGAUAAAAUUGUAAAGGCAUAUUACGAAUAUAUGGUAGAUAUAGCAAUCAUUCUUGGUGCUGAACCAGAACGAGCUAAAGCAGAACUUAUGGAGUCACUUUUAUUCGAAAUGAAAUUAGCUAACAUUUCUCUACCAGUUGAGAAGCGUCGAAAUGCUACUUUGCUUUACAAUCCAAUGACUGUAGCAGAAUUAUCAAAGGUCUAUCCAUCCAUACCUUGGAAAGAUUACUUCAAUCGAAUUCUAAGUCCAAUUGUUACAAUCGAUGACGAUGAAAUAACGAUAGUUAAUGUUCCUGGUUUCGUAGCAGAUUUUGAGAAACUUAUUAGUUCCACUCCGAAAAGAAUUCAAGCUAAUUAUGUAAUGUGGAGAGCAGCAGCAGCAUCAGUAAGCUAUCUUAAUGAUGAAAUCCGCAAAAGGCAACUUCAAUUUUCUACAGCUCUUAGUGGGAAAACGGAAAGAGAACCAAGAUGGAAAGAAUGUGUUGAUAUCGUAUCUAACAGCUUAUCCAUAAGUGUUGGUGCUCUUUACGUAAGAACAUAUUUCAACGAAGAUGCUAAGAAAAAUGCUUUAGAAAUGGUUUCUGAUAUCAGAAGUCAAUUCAACAAAAUUUUACAAACGGUUGAUUGGAUGGACGAAGAAACUCGUAAAAGUGCUUUAGACAAAGCUGCAUCAAUGACCACCCAUAUUGCUUAUCCUGAUGAACUGUUGGAUGACUCCAAAUUGGAAAAGUUUUAUGAAAAACUCGAAUUCGAUGAUGGGAAUUAUUUAGAUUGUAUUUUAAAUCUCACCUUAUUUGGAACAGAAUAUUCGUUCAGUAAAUUAAGAAAGCCUGUCAAUAAAAGUGACUGGAUAACUCAUGGUCGACCAGCUGUUGUUAAUGCAUUCUAUUCUUCUAUCGAAAAUAGCAUUCAAUUCCCAGCUGGUAUUCUUCAAGGAGCAUUCUUUAGUAACAAUCGGCCAAGAUAUAUGAAUUAUGGAGCUAUUGGAUUCGUUAUUGGUCACGAAAUAACUCAUGGAUUUGAUGAUCAAGGACGACAAUUUGAUAAAGAAGGAAAUCUAGUUGACUGGUGGGCACCGGCAACUAAAGAAAAAUAUCUUAAAAAGGCAGAAUGUAUAAUUCAUCAAUAUGGGAAUUACACUGUAAAAGAAGUUGGAUUAAAUUUGAACGGAAUAAAUACCCAAGGAGAAAAUAUUGCGGAUAAUGGAGGCAUCAAAGAAGCUUACUUAGCAUAUAAGGAGUGGUCUAAUCGAAACAAUCCCGAACCACGACUUCCAGGACUUCAUUAUUCACCACGGCAAAUGUUCUGGAUAAGUGCUGCUAAUACAUGGUGCUCAGUAUACCGACCAGAAGCUCUUAAGCUUCGUAUUACUACAGGAUUUCAUAGUCCAGGUGAAUUUCGUAUUCUUGGACCUCUUUCAAAUAUGCCACAGUUUUCAGAAGACUUCCAAUGUCCUGAAGGUUCUAGAAUGAACCCACCGAACAAGUGCCAUGUAUGGUAAAAAAUCUGUUCUAUUCUCCUGUUGGUUUCCCUUUCUACAACUGGAUUUGCAUACUGUUGAAACUGUGAGAUAUCCAAACAAUGUAAUUAUCAUUAUUUAAAAGCUUGAUAAAAAGUAUUUGCGAUAAUUGCGUUAUUUUAAUGUAGUAUCAUCGCCAUUGAAUGAAUCUACUGUGAAAAGAUUAUGAAAAGAAAUAGAAUCUUAAAAAUGAAAAAAUAUGCAUAAUUACUUUAUAAAAAAUUUUACAAUUUUGAGAAAAAAAUGUAUAUAGAUGUUUACACUAUUGUCGAAAAUUAUUUUCAUUUAAAGAGUAUUUUGUUAGUGAUAUAAAAACAAAGCAAUUGAAAUUAAAAUGAACUGAAUCGUUUAAUUGACGCAAUGUUGUCAAUGAUUACGCAAUUGGUAAAAUUUGUAUGGUUGUUUACGUAGAGUUACCGAUUUUAAGUACUUAGGUGACAUAGUAAAUUAUCACUAUAGAAUUUAUGUAUUACUUAGAAGCUUCAUGCUCAUCAAAUUAUUUGAUAUUACUCAACCAUCACAUAUUCAUUAACAAUGAUUACUAUUCAUAAUUUUUAUAGUAAUAGGAACACAGUAAAAAACUUUGUGUACUGUACUAGUGACAACAGUUCAUAUUUGAAUAUUUUUAUUCGUGCAAGAAAACGACACCAAAUUUUAAAAGUUAUCUAGAUUGACAAUUUACAUUGUUUAUAUAUUCAACACUAACUUUUUUACUGUGUAAUAUUCUAUACAUACAAAAUAAUUACUCUAGAAUAGACAAAAAAAAAUAAAAAAUAUUUGAUGUUUAUUAUAUUUUAGAAUAUGUUUAUAAAUAUUGGUAUAAGCUAAAAUGUAUAAAGUAAAACAACAAUUGUGUUGCGGUGUGGUGAAAUUCUAUGUACUUUUAAACACAAGUAAGAAGAUUUUUGAAAAAUAAGAAAUAAAAAAAAGUAGAAUUAAAAAGUUUUUAGAUAAAAAUGUACAAGCAAUCUCUUUACAAUAAUUUUAAAAUAUAUCUGACAAAUUGUUAUGAA